GGGUGUGCAAGCCGGGCAGCAGCACUUGAAUUUAAAGCAGCUUGAAUUUGCACAAUUUGGAAAGCAGCACUGAGGUGCCUUGUUUGUGAACUUGAAGGCAUCAUUUGACAUGGAUGUGGUGAUCAGAAAGGACCUCUGCCCCCAUGAGACACAUUUCAUUAAGGAAAGGCAAAGUAAAGUACAGGAUGCUCUAUGCAGACAUGCCAUUCACUGUCCUGAGAAUAUAGUUCCUCGUGUGGCACUGUUGGGUUCUGGGGGUGGCCAAAGGGCCCACACCGGCUUCCUUGGUGUUAUGCGGCAGUUGGGAAAAGAAGAUCUCCUAGACUGCAUGCUCUAUGUGGCCAGAGUCUCUGGAUCCACGUGGUGCAUGUCCUCAUUGUAUAAAGACCCACAGUGGACACAGAAUGCAGAGGAGGCUGCAAAUGAAGCACUGUUGAGCAUGUCUGAGGGGGAGGGUGUCACAUUCCAUGAUGGCGUUUACUGGAUGAAGCAGAGACACGAGGAAGGAUAUUUUUCCCUCUCUGAUGUGUGGGGGGUGCUAACUUGCAGAAUAAAAGGUGUAUCUCUGGAGACCAGGUUUUUGAUGGAUGACAAAGUUGAAAAUGGGGCCAUUCCAUACCCACUCUACAGUGCCAUUGAAAAACAUUGCUUUCACAAGGAACAGCCACCAGGUUGCUGCUCCUGCCUUGACAGAUUAAUAAACUUCAAAACUCCUCGAACAGAUUUUGUGUUUGAGUUCAGUCCUCAUGAGGUUGGCUUCCUAGAGCCUGAAGCUUAUGUGAAGACAUCACUGCUGAAGCAGGACUUUGUGGGAGGGAAAGUGAAAUCUGACCAGCGGAGGAAACCAAUGGAUAUGGUUCAACUGCAAGGAAUUUGUGGAUGUGCUAUGGGAGAUUUUGACAUAAUCAUAAAAUAUAUGAAGGACACUCUCUGGGACUGGAUUCACUCAAUUAUACUUGACCUAGAAAGUGGUGCAUAUUCAGGAAAGACUGACAUUGUAUUCAUAUUGGCUGACUUGAUGAAGAAGUAUGCUGACACAGAGCACAGCCUCUCUGAGUUGGAAAGACUUAAAUGUCUCCUUGGAGUGAGUUAUGGAGAAUUCAGCCUGUCACUUAAGGGUCUAGAGCAAGAGACCUGGAGAAACAUGAUUGACCAAGAGAGGAAGGAACUUGUGGAAGCCAUCUCUGAUGAACUGAUAGCUUCAAUAGACAAAUGGGGCCACGACCACUCUCAAUUUGAAGGCACAGCUGGUGAUGUGUGGUGGGUCAUGAGACAUGUAAUGCCAUUGUUCAUUGGCUGGAGGUUUGGAACUGUGGCUAAUUUCCUCUACAAAUUUCGAGAUGAUGCCAUACCUAAGGACAUGAUUCAAAAGAAACAGAUGCAUCUGAUAGAUGCUGGACUCUACCUAAACUCACCAUAUCCAUCAGCCCUGAGAGCAGCCAGAUGCAUAGAUCUCAUCAUAUCCUUUGAUUUCAGUGAUGGAGACCCCUUUGAGACACUGAAGGUGGCCAGUCAGUAUGCAGUCAUUAACCACCUUCCUUUCCCCAAAGUGGAUCCACAUUUGGACUCUAAAUGCCCAAAGUCCUGUUAUGUUUUUGAAGAAGGAGGCAAACCAACAGUUAUUCACAUUCCCCUCUUUAACAUGGACAACUGUGAAAAUGAAGAAACACUUGAAAUGGAAAAAAAGGAAUACACAACCGUCCAGUGGCCCUACCGAGACAAAACAAAGAUCGAUCACCUGGCAGAUCUAGCAGCGAAAAAUGUGAGGAUGAACCGAGAAAUCAUCCUGAGUGAGAUAGAAAAGAUAGUGCAGUGACACAGACCACAGAAAUAACUCUAUGGCCUUUGUUGAAGCAGUCAGCAUAAACAUGCAUUUACAUGAAAAUGCAUUUAGGAUAGCAGAACAUGAAAUGUCUAAUUAGGAGACAAUAAACUAUAAUUUUCUUAUAACUAGGCUUAUGCAUCUAUUUUCAUUCUAGUAAAUUAGUUAAAUAUUGCUAUACCAGCCCCACCUGUCCUAAGGGGCCAACUAUCUCGGUAGAUGGGAAUGGUCUCUUAACUUUAGGCCAGUGUCCUACCCUCAGAUUCUACGAAGAUUUAGUGAGAUCUGUGAUUUUCCAGUUGGUAAAUUUGACAUUUGGAUAAAUAUAUGGAUAGUCUUACCCCGGCCAGAUUCAGUUCUCUGAUGCAGAUUUGUGACAGUCACACCAUGUUUGGAUGAAAAUUGUGAAGAAGUGAGUGAUGAACUGUA